GGCAGACUAAUCACGGGGAAUAAUAACAAAAUGAUGACGUUGGCUUCUGUGUCCUGUUCCGGUGGCGGAAGAUGGCUGACGGUGGACCCAUAACAGCGAGAAGAUGCGACUCCAGCUCUCUGUCCUCUGUGAGUAUGGACACCAUCUCUGCCCUGACGGAGCUGGAGGACCUGGAGAAAAUUUACCAGCAGCUCUGCGAGGAGGAGAAAGAGGUGGAAACAGAGUUGGACAGACUGGUAGGGCAGGAGGGGGCCAUUCACACUAAAAUGCUGGCACUACACAGGAUGGGACCCAACCUCCAGCUGAUUGGAGGAGAUGCCAGCCAGCUGUCGGGCAUGAUCACUUUUACCUGCAGCCUGGCUGAAAACGUCAGCCAUAAAGUACGACAGCUAGACCUGGCAAAGACGCGGCUGUAUAACGUCAUCCAGCGUGCCGAUGAUAUCCUCGACCUGAAAUUCUGCACAGACGGGGUGCAGACAGCUCUGCGUAAUGAAGAUUACGAACAGGCCGCUGCUCACAUCCAUCGAUACCUGUCUCUGGACCAGUCCGUUAUCGAGCUGAGCAGGCAGGGAGAAGAAAGCAGCGCUGUGGACGCCAGUCUGGUCCUACUGCAGGAAGCAGAGCAGAAACUAAAGGUCAUUGUUGCAGAGAAGCUUGAUGAAGCCGUAGCAGCAGUCGACCUGGCACAGGUGGAAAGGUUUUUCAAGAUCUUCCCUCUUCUGGGCCUCCACCAGCAAGGCCUCGCUCGAUUUGGCCAGUAUCUCUGCAGUCAGCUUGCCUCCAAAGCUGAGGAGAACCUGCUGCUAGCGACUGGAGCAGAUCUGGGUGAGAAGAGAGCUCUGCUGAUAUUUGCAGACACGCUAACGCUGCUGCUGGAAGGUAUCGCUCGCGUUGUGGAGACCCAUCAGCCAAUAGUAGAGACGUACUACGGUCCAGGCCAUUUGUACACGCUCAUCACUCACCUGCAGCAGGAAUGUGAUCGCCAGGCCCAAAAAAUAGUCGACAGGUUCAUCCAGCAGAGAGGAUACCACGCUAAGUUUCAGGUCGUCCAAAGCAGCAUGAUGAAGAGUGUUCCAGGGGAGAGGAUCGAGCCGAGGGAGCUGGAUCCCGUCCUGGCAGAAGUCACUCUGAUGAACGCGAGGGCGGAGCUCUACCUGCGCUUUCUACGUCGCCGUGUGAUGGCCGACUUUGAAGUUGGGGACGCUCAGAGCAUCACACAGGAGCAUCAGCAGAAUGUGGAGAAGCUGCUGAAACACUGCCUGCUGAGCACGAUGAUGCAGGAGCUGAUUGGUUAUUACAUUCCCAUGGAAGAGUACUACAUGAGAGAGUCUGUCAACAAGGCUGUUGCUAUGGACACAUAUGAAAAGGGACAGCUGACCAGCAGCAUGGUGGACGACUGUUUCUACAUUGUGAAAAAGUGCAUCAGCAGAGCUUUAUCCAGCUCCAGCAUCGACUGCCUCUGUGCGAUGAUCAACCACGCCAACUCCGUGCUGGAGUCUGACUUCAGGGAGGUCUUGUAUAACAAGCUGCGGCAGGGCUUCCCGGCUACCACACUGCAGGACAUCCAGCGUGGUGUCAGCAGCGCGGUCAGUCUGAUGCAGAGCAGCUUACAGCAGGGCAAGUUCAACACACUGGGCAUCGAGAGCACCGAAGACGCCAAGGCUGCAUUCCUGGUGACCCUGAAUAACGUCGAGGUGUGCAGUGAGAACAUCACAACUUUAAAGAGGAACCUGGAGAAUGACUGCUCCAAGUUGUUCAGUCAGGGGGUCGGCUCUGGAGAUCAAGCCAAGAUUGAGAGCUGUUUGUCCGACCUCGUCAGCACGUCCACAAAGUUCAAAGAUCUGUUACAGGAGGGUCUGACGGAGCUAAACACAACAGCCAUAAAGCCUCAGGUCAAACCCUGGAUCAGCAGCUUCCUGUCCAUCUCACAUAACAUAGAGGAGGAGGAGUUUAAUGACUAUGAAGCUAAUGACCCCUGGGUGCAGCAGCUCAUCGUCAACUUGGAGCAGCUGAUGACAGAGUUUAAGACGGCCCUCUCCCCGGUCAUCUACGACACGCUGACCAGCCUGAUGACCAGUCUGAUAGCUAUUGAAAUGGAGAAGACGGUCCUCAAAUGCUCGUUCAGCAGGCUCGGGGGGUUGCAGUUCGAUAAAGAGCUCCGGUCUCUUGUGGCAUACCUCACCACCGUGACAACCUGGACCAUCAGAGACAAGUUCGCUCGCCUCACACAGAUGGCCACCAUUCUCAACCUUGAGCGGGUAACUGAGAUCUUGGAUUACUGGGGCACUAAUUCAGGUCCCCUGACGUGGCGACUGACGCCGGCAGAGGUGCGUCAGGUCCUGGCGCUGCGCAUCGACUUCCGAAGCGAGGACAUUAAGAGGCUGCGAUUGUAACCCUCGGAACUGGUGUGCGGGUGCCUUUCAUUGCUGUGAUAGUUUUCACUGCAGAACUCUGUUUGCAUUUCUGUGGAGUACGGACAAGCCGAGGAUUUCUUUCUCUUUGAAUGCAUGGGGGGGUUCAGACCUUCAACUCUUCACCCCUGACUGAUGACAUUCUAUAUCAUUAUAGCCGGGCUUUUAUGGGGCAGGGAUUGUGACGAAUUUGAUAGGAAUUAACUGUAAAAUAUGAGAAUGUUCUGUUAAAUGUUUAAUUAAAAGCGUGACUGUGUAAUUAUA